UGCGCGGAGCUGCAGCGAACAUGGCGGCCGCCUGCAUCUGACACAAACUGAGAGCUCGCCAUCCAAAACAGGCGCCUGCGACGCUCGGGAAGAGCUUGUCUGACUUUCUCUGCUGCUGCGGGAUAACAUCUUGGUCGUCAUGGGCCGAACGCCACACAAAGACCAGAAAGAGGAGAAGAAGGAGAGGCCGAGCAUUGGCGCAGGCUCUGCACUCGACAAAUCUAAUGAGCCAUUCAGUUGGGAAGACUACCUGAGAGAAACCUCGUCCAUUGCAGCCUCACCUACUUGCUUCAAACAGUCCAGAAUCCCCCCCUCUAAUGACUUCAAGGCGGGCAUGAAGGUGGAGGCUCGCGACCCGCGCAACGCCAACUCUGUGUGCAUCGCCACGGUGAUGGGCAUGAUGGGUACUCGACUACGCCUGCGCCUGGAUGGGAGUGACAACACCAACGACUUCUGGAGACUGGUCGACUCGUCUGACAUACAACCGAUUGGGACCUGCGAGAGGAAUGGCGACAUGCUGCAGCCCCCACUGGGUUUUAGAAUGAACGCCUCCUCGUGGCCUAUGUUCCUCCUCCGAACACUGAGUGGAGCAGAGAUGGCACCAGCGUGUGCUUUUAAGAAGGAACCUGCUAGCCCCAUUAAAAACUAUUUCAAGCCAGGUAUGAAGCUGGAAGCCGUGGACAGGAAAAACCCUUACUUGAUUUGUCCGGCCACAGUGGGUGAGGUCAAAGGUCAGGAGAUCUUCGUCAUGUUCGAUGGCUGGCGAGGUGCCUUUGACUACUGGUGCCCCUGCGACUCCAGAGACAUCUUCCCUGUCGGCUGGUGUGUGUUGACGAAACACAGUUUACAACCACCUGGAAACUUCUUCACUCUUCCAGGUGCUCUCCUCGCCCCCGUUUCGUCCUCCUCAGCUUCCCUCACAACGCGCCGCUCCACCUCCAACUCCUCCUCAUCCACGAUGCAGACGUCUUACCGACUGCCCAACCCUUUGCCGCCCCUGCCUGUUCGCAAGGGUGUCCGAGGUCGGCGUCCUAAGUCGCAGACUAUUGCUUUGUUGAAGGCCGCAGCUGAGGCUGCGGCGGCCGCAGCGGUCAAUGGCGCGUCGCAGAGCCCUGUCAGGACCACUCAACUGGCCCCGAGACCACACAGGAAGCGAGGGCCCAAGCCUGGGAGCAAGAGGAAGCCCCGCAUGGUGCAGUCACUGGGCUCAUCAUCCAUUCCAGCUUCUCCUCCAGAGACCAGAUUGAGCACCAGCCACGUCUCAGUAGACAACCACCAUAACAACAACUCAAAUGUAGUCUGCACAGUGUGCGUUUAUGUGAACAAGCAUGGCGACUACGGCCCCCAUCUUGAUCGCAAACUGGUGCAGCAGCUCCCAGACCACUUUGGGCCAGCUCCGGUCAACGCGGUGCUACAGCAGGCCGUCCAGGCCUGUGUGGACUGCACAUACCAGCCCUCAGUGCUGCUGUCGUUCCUACAGAGCCAGUCCCACACAGGAGGAGAGGUCAUCCGAGUGCGCUCCGAGCACGGUAUCCGUUAUGUCAAGCUCCCCUCCGUCUCCAGUGCGUCCACUGUGCUGAGGUUCUUGGAGAACAUGUGUCAGCAUCUGGAGAGUGUCAGCUUGUUCAGCUCGCAGCCUUUCAGCCCCUUCACCAAAAACGCACGCUUCUUUGACAGGACAAAGUCAGAACCGCUGUCUCACACGGAAAAGAGCCUGUCUAACAAUGAUUCCACAAAGGAUUCCGCUCCCAACGCGCGGCCUCACAUAGCGGCGGAGUAUCGGGCAACAAAGAGGGAACGGCCGUAUUUCGCCUCGCACUCGCACACGCCUCCACCUCUGCAAAGAGUCGGCUCCAACCCAAGUGAACUCGGACAAGCGCCCACACACAGACGCGUGGAGGCAGCUAGUUCAACAACAGGCCCAGACCACGUGACACAAGACAAGGACAGCUCAGGGAACGAUGCGUCUUCCUGGUCAGUUGAUGACGUGAUCCGGUUUGUCCAGAAGGCGGACCCGCACACUCUCGGACCACACGUGGAGCUCUUUCGGAAGCAUGAGAUCGAUGGCAAAGCCUUGAUGCUACUGCGUAGCGAUGUGAUCAUGAAGUACAUGGGACUGAAGCUGGGCCCCGCGCUCAAACUCUGCCAUCACAUUGAGAAGCUGAAACAGACCAAACAAUAAAAAGGACCGGCGCGUUCUCCUCUCACUGGCAAACACAAACACAAGCGCCAGAGAUCCUUUCAAACCAAAUCAGAUGUUUGCUCGAAGCCCCAUUCCACACCGUUGCUCUCCAUGGCGGUGACAAGUUGAUAGCAGCUGAAGCCAUCUCGCUUCAACGCAAAACUCAGGUUUUCGGAGGACGUUUUACAAUAGCGUUUGCGUUCAUACUGCAUUGUAGAGGAGCUAUAAUAUAACCAAGUAUGUCUGUUUGAAAUGCCUUUUCAUCUUGUCGAAACUUUUUACU